CUAUGUCAAAGACGUUUUUAAACUGGUGACUGCACGUAGUUUUUGAAAAGACAAGAUGGAUAAAUGUCUUGAAUAUACACCAUGGAACAGUUUUCCCUGGUUCAGAAGAUUGCUACUCAUCUUUCUUCUAACAUUUAGUGCUCCUGUCAUUAGUAUUGCAAUAUAUUUGCACAUUAUCACUUCAUUUCACUGUUAUAGUGACAUAACAAAGGCCAAAGAAGCUUUAUUUAUAAAGAGCAUCGAGUCAAAUUGUUUGAGACAAUACAAAGACGAAGUUACUUUUUACGAUUCUAUUCAUCUUGUGAUCUGUUUGAAUUUGGCCUUGAUUAUGCUUUUAAAGUUGUUGUAUGGAUAUUUUGUGAAGUAUCAAGUUAAGCAAUGCGGUCAGCUAAAUUUAAAAAGCAGAAUCAACAAGGACAAUGAAGCACUACUUGCAAGGAAUGAUCAAGACAGUCCUUAUUCAUCAAGACUUGUACGUCGUUUAUCCACCUAUUUUAUCUACAUCGCUAAAUUGGCAUUGCUUUUUGUCAUGUUGUCUGUGUUUGUUGUCAUAUUUCUCCCUGCCAAAUUUCCUGUUGACUACACCUGCUAUUGGCAUUUUCAAAUGAAAGAAAUAUACUCCUUAAACAAACCAACGACCUCCUACAACGUAACGUUGUACAAUUGUGUGAAUAUCAACGGAAGGAAAAGUGAGAUAUUGAUCAAAAUUGUUGCAUAUUUUGAUGUUAUUGUAUUAAUACUGACUGCUCUGGAGCUGUGUUAUUUAGCUUAUGUAGGCUGUACAGAUAGCUUUUUCCUAACUGAUAGAGAAUUUUGUACGGUUUAUCUGUUAAGGAAACGUGAGAGAUUUCGAAAGUGGCUGAGAAAAAUAAAAUACAAUUUCUACACCUACAAAUUAUUUGAAGUAUAUGAUGACUAUGGAGAUAAUCAAAAAAUUUGGCGAAAGCUUGAUGAUAUUUAUGUCAAUAUCAUAAUGCAAGCGGAAAGACAACAAAAAAAUGCUCAUCCAACAAAUUUUGGAAGGCAUUCAAUCCUGAAGAGUUACCUUGAAAUUCAUGGAGAUGCCAAUAGACUGACAAGAGCGGCAGAAAUCUUCAAGUCAAUCCAUAGUGAGCAAAAUCAUUUGCCUAAAAGGUCAGUUUUGGUUGUUGGAAGACCAGGAAUUGGUAAAACUAUGUUGACAAAAAAACUUAUGUACGAAUGGAAAAAAAAUACAGAUGAAUAUUGGCAUGAAAAACUCGUUCUUUUAAUGCGAUGUCGUACGUUUAAAGAAGACGACAUUACUCUCAGAGAAAUGCUGGGUAAUUGUUCUGGAUUGCUUGAUCAACAAUUUUCACAAAUUUAUGAUUUUGUGCUGUUAAAUUCUGAUAAAACUGUCCUAAUUUUUGACGGUCUUGAUGAACUUCCUCUGGACGACGAACAUUUUACAGCAGAAGGUUCAGUUUGUGCUGAUGCAAAAAUGUCAGCGUUUGCACUUCUGAGCAUGUUAAUCGAAGGUAGAUUACUGCCUGGUGUUACUGUUCUUGUAACAUCACGACCUACAGCGCAACAUGCAUUUGAAAUGCUAAAAUUUAAAAGAACUGUGGAGAUCUUAGGUUUUUUUGAGGAUCAAAUCAAGGAAUAUGUUUCCAAAUUUUGUUUUAAUGACGAGCGAACAGCUACAGCAAUUUUUGAUUGCAUUUCUUGUUCUCUAGAGCUUCGGAGUUUAUGCUACAUCCCAGUUAACUGUUAUAUUGUAUGUCUGACCCUUAAGGAAUGCUUUAUAAAUAAUACUGAGAAUAUACCAAAGACUAUCACCGAAUUGUAUAAAAGAGCAGUGCAAAUCUUGCUAUUGAGACACCACCCGCGUUGUAUAUCUGAAUCAACACCAAACCCUAACAAUGGUUCUCUUAUACAGCCUUUUCCAAAUGAGGUUAAUAAUGAAUUAGAGAAAAUCAAAAGUUUAGCUAAAGAAGGAAUUGAUGAGCGAAAAUUCAUUUUUGAUGGCACAAAUCUCGCCCAGUUUCCUAAAUUGACUGAUUGCGGGUUGUUUCAUCAAAUUCCAGAUAAGCAACGCAAUCUUUAUUGUUUUCUACAUUUGACUCUUCAAGAAUUUUUAGCUGCGUGGUGUAUUGUUGACCGGGAAGACAUUGGAAAGUUUUUAGAUGAUCACGUGGCUCAUCCUAAAUGGCACUUGAUGAUAGAGUUUGUGGCUGGCUUAGUUGGGGUCAUGAAGAGAGAAAGAAAAAUAGAAAAUAUUAAUGAUUUUCAAAAAAGACUUGAGACGUGGGCGACAUAUCUGACUUUCAAUGACGGUGAUCGAACGCUCAGCUUACUUGGUGUUAGGUGCUUGUUUGAAAUGCAAGACACAGAUGCGACUAGAUCAGCUUGUAUGACACUAGAGAAUUCCAUUUCAAAUGAUGCAGAAAUCGUCAUUGAUGACGUUUCUUUUACUCCCGUUGAUGCUAACGCAUUAUUUGAAUUUCUUUCUCAAUGCAGACGCAUAACUAAACUCCGGUUCAAUUUUUGCAAAUGGCUUGUUAAUCAUAGCUGUCUUAGAAUGAAAAGUUUUUUGUCAAAUAUGGAAACGCUCAAUUUAACCUCUUUAAGUCUUUUUGCAUGUACUUUUACAGAGAGUGUUUGGGAGCAUCUUGGUGAGGCUUUGACAAGUGACAAAUGUAAACUCACUGAACUGUACAUUAGUUAUAGCAAUCUAAAAGAUCAAGGUGUUAAGUACCUUAGUGAAGCUUUAAGAAACAAUAAUUGCCAACUUAGUGGACUAUAUAUCAGAGGUAACUACAUAACUGAUGGCGGUGUUAAAUUUCUUUGCGAUGCUUUAAAAAGUGAUAAUACUAAACUCACUGAAUUGGAUGUUUGGAGUAACAACGUAGGAGACAAUGGUGCUAUGCAUCUCAGUGACGCUUUAAAAAGUAAAAGUUGUAAGCUUACUAAACUACAUGUCAGUCACAACAAACUAACAGACCAAGGAGUGGAAUAUCUUAGUGAAGCUUUAAAAAUUGAAAGUUGUGAACUUUCUGUAUUGCAUAUCAGGGAAAACAUUCUAACUUGUGAAAGUGCUCAAUAUUUUAGCGAAGCUUUGAUAAGUGAAAACUGUAAGCUUACUGAAUUAGACAUUAGUUAUAACAACCUACAUGAUGAAGGUGCUAAAUAUCUUUGUGACGCUUUGCAAAACGAGAAUUGCAAACUAACUAGAUUGUUUAUUAGAGGUAACUUUGUUUCAAAAGAUGGAGCUAAAUACUUCAGUGACAGCUCAAAAAGUCAUAAAUGUAUUGUGUAUGUAGACUGAUGACACAAAAGAAGACAGACCUAAACAUCUUAACAAGUUUCGAAAGGUUAUGGAAAUAAGGACAUAGUGCCUUUGAUGAUUAUGUUUGUAAGUAUUGAGAUCAAAAUACUAAUUAACUGAUAAAGCUAUAAAUGGAGUAUAGAAAGUUAUUUCUUAAGUUAAAUGUAUUGGGUUUAUUCCUAUUUACUGUAUUUUGUAAAUAUCUCAAGAUUUUUUAUAAUUAUUGGAAAAUGUUGAAAAUGAUAAUGUACUUCAAGAAUGUUGCUAUUAUUUAAUUUAUGAACCUUUAAA